ACCAUGGGAAAGAUCAUAUUUUACGAAGACAAAAACUUCCAAGGUCGCUCUCAUGAAUGCAGCAGCGACUGCGCCGACCUUCACACCUACUUCAGCAGAUGUAACUCCAUCAAGGUGGAGAGCGGCUGCUUUAUGGUCUAUGAGAGGCCCAACUACAUGGGCAACCAGUACUACCUGAGGAGAGGGGAGUACUCUGAUAACCAGCGUAUGAUUGGCAUCAGCGAGUGUGUCAGAUCUUGCCGUUUGAUCCCCCAGCACCGAGGUUCCUUCAGGCUCAAGCUUUACGAACACGUCGACAUGUCUGGCCAGAUGCACGAGCUGGUGGACGACUGUCCAAACGUGCAGGACCAACUCAGCGUGUCCGACUUCAACUCCUGCAUCGUGGUGGACGGCCACUGGCUGCUGUACGACCAACCCAACUACAAGGGCAGGAUGUACUACCUGAGGCCUGGAGAGUACAGGAGGUACAGCGACUGGGGAGGCGUCAGCCCCAGAGUUGGUUCCCUCAGAAGAAUCACCGACUAUAACUGA